AUGACCGAUGCGCUCUCGUGCACUUCGGACUACUCGACGACCAGUUCGGCUCCGCUGACGGCGCCUCUUGCGGUCGCAUGCGCAGCGUCUUCGUCGGACUAUGCGUCAAGCGAUCCGAGCCCGUGUGCACGUAACGCUUCGGCGUCACCUCGUCAACGUCCACCACAAGUACUUGGGGUGCUUCCAGAAGCGCGUUGUCAACAGAAGAUCCGUUUGCGUAACAAGACCAUCCCUCGAGAUCCGACACGACGUCACACGCUGUCCGAUAUGGAUGUGUUGAAGGAAGGUCGCCUGGAAAAGUUCGCCCGCUGGUUCGGUAUCCGCAAGUCGAGUCCGGACAUCAAUUCCCAAGAUACACUGGAAGAAGAAGCGCCCAUUCGAAGGAAUCCACCGCCGGUGAUUGUACGAACGUCACCGAACGAGCUGACACCAGCCAGCGGCGACGAGCUACUGUAA